CCCACCACCUCCCGCCCGCCAACACCUAGGGCGUCUCCUCACCCACCAUGCACAAACUAUCAAACUUCCCGGCACAGGCCCGCCACGGCUGGGAGAAAAUGGCCCCGUCGACGGCCUUUUCCUUCUCGCGGUCCAACCACGAAAUGCCCGUCUCCGCCCCGAUCAAGCGUCCCUCGACGGCCACGUCCGCCCCGCCCGUCAUCGCGCCCGGCACCCAGGUCAACCUGUCCUUCAACGUGCCCUUCUCCUCUAACCUCGCCGGCCCCGACCCGGACGACAUCAUGUGGGCGAGCCCGGGGGCAAAGGCGCGAUGGACUCAUCCGGAAGGCACGGCAGACCAGACGCCGACACACAAGCUGCCCGUCCACGCCCAGAACGUCGACAACCUGCGGAACCUGUGCAGAGAAGUGAGCGAGCAGACUGACGGACGCGUUUCGGCCAACGUGACGUCGGCCGAGUCGAAGCCACUGCCCGGCCUGCAGCGGGGCCCAUUGCGGGCGCUCGUCACCAACGUGUGCCUGUCGGGCGAGCUGGAGAUUGUCAACUCGAUGCGCUGCCGCAUCCUCAACUCGACGCCCAUCUCUCUGCGAUCGUCUUUUGUCGAUAUUGACUCGCAGCUCAUCAUCGACCCGCCGACACAGAACGUCAGAGGCGCCGUGCUCAACCAGCUCGACCUCAUCUCCAAGGCCACCAAGGCCGACAUCUUCCUGCUCAUGCCCAAGCAGCCUGACAUCGAGACGGCCAGCUUCCAUGGCAACAUCGACACGGGCAUGGACCCGCGCCUGCGCUGUGCCAUCUACGGCGACCUCGAGACCAUGGAGCACGCGAAGACGCGUGUGCUGAUUAUGAUCGACCAGAUCCUCAAGCGAACCGUCGAUACCAUGAAGCUCGAGCUCACCAUGCACACUCUGAUAUGCGGACGCGGGCGCAAGAACAUCAAGAUGAUCGAGUCUGCCACGGGCACCGCCAUCUACUUCCCCCCGCCCUUCCCUCGUCUGUUCGGAUACACGCCGCCCGGUGCUCAGCGAAGGCCUGAUGACCUAGUAUACAUUACGGGUGAGAACUCGGAGAAUAUACUGCGCGCCAAGCAGCGUCUGCACGAUCUAGUCAUGUCCACCAAGGUAUUUGUGAAGCCUGUCAUGGUCACUGAUACCAAGCUCGAUGCCAUCUUGCUCGAGCGUCUGGACAAGGUGCGCAAGAUCAUCGAGAACAACGGCUCGUACAUCCUACUGCCCCCUCUUGGCGUUCAGCGUGGUGUUGUGCGUGUUCAAGGCACUGAUGUCUUGCAUGUUGAGCGAACUGUGCGCGAACUGAUGCAGCUUGCCGGCCAAUUCUACAGUGCCUCGUGGUUCAUUACCCACCCUGACCCCACACAGCGCCCACCCACACCUGCCGACGUUCGCGCCAUGCUCUCCGAUAUCUGCAUCAACUCUGGCGCCGAGGUCAGCUUCGAAAAGCUCAACUUCCACAUCUAUGGAUCCGACGAUGCUGUCAGAGCUGCACUAAUGGUCAUCAGCAACAUUCCCUUCGUGAAGAAGUCGCAGUACAACAUGAGCGUCAAGAUUGAGCUGGCCAACGAGCACAAAGAGUUCGUCAGUGGUAAGAAGAACGGCAAGAUCAACAAGAUCAUGAGCCACAGCAGUGUGCAGAUCGUCUUCGAUGGCUUCAACGAGUACAACUUCUACAUCGUAGUCCGCGGUGCCCAGUAUGAGGCUACUAAAAACGGUCUAGACCUUGUCGAACAGGAAAUGCCUGCUUCCAUUUCCUUCCAUGUCCCUGAUCAGUACCACAAGCGCAUCAUCGGCAUCGGUGGUCAGCACAUUCAGCGCAUCAUGAAGAAGUACUCUGUCUUCGUCAAGUUCUCCAACGCCAUGGACCGUGGCGGCUUUGGUAAGGAGGAAGAUGACAUCAAGGUCGACAACGUCAUCUGUCGCACCCCUGCGCGUAAUGCUCAGAAUCUCGACUUGGUCAAGCAAGAGAUCAUGGACAUGGUUGAGAAGGCCGACGCCGAAUUUGUCUCGGAGACUAUCAACAUCAACCGUCUUUACCAUCGCGAGCUUAUUGCUCGUCUAGACAAGAUCGAUGAGUUGGAGAAGAAGUUCAACUGCAAGAUUACAUUCCCUAGCACUGAGGAAGCCAGCGACAUUGUUACAGUGUCCGGUCCUGAAUAUCAGGUACCUUUCGCAGUUGACGAGUUCUUGGGUAUGGUCCCGGAAUCUCAUGAUCUCGCCUUCCCAUCUACCACGGAACUCAGCGAGCACAUCCGCUCAGCCGAGUUCAAGGCUGAGAUACUUGACAAGCUCAAGACCCAGCACGAGGUCGAUGCCCAGCUUCAGCAAGCGCAGACCGAAACUGUUGACGGCAAAGAAGAGACGAUUGAAGCCUUCCACAUUGUCUUCACCAGAAACAAUGCUGGAGGACUCAAGGAUGCCAUUGAUUUCUUGCUUAACCACCUAGUCAUGCAUGGUCUUGACACUAACACUGUUCGUGGAGCUCUUCCACGUCCCAAGUCGGAUUCUUUCGAAGACUCUCUACCAUUCUUUGAGUCCAAGCUGCUUCAGCGCGCAGAGCCAGCUGUCGACAGUACCGACUCGCCUACCCGCUCUCACUUUGGUGAUGAUGAGCCUCGUGGUAUGCUCGACCGCCUCCGCAAGCCAGGCAGCAUGUCGUCCUUCACGUCCAUUUUCAACGGACGCAAAAAUACCAACUCACCAGGAUCCCUUUUCAAGCACGCUUCGAGCAAUGCUUCCAAGGCAUCCCUCGCCAGUCUGGAAUCCACCGGUAGCUACCGUAACCCGUGGAAUGACAGCGGCAUCAACCUCGCGGACGACGAGCACCACAACAACGGCUGGCCCAUGCCAGCACCUCGUUUCGAGUCCAAGUUUCCUUUUGGUUCCUCUUCGGCGGCGCCUGGGGACGUGACCCCUAGGUACGACCCGCGGGGCUCCGUGGACAGCGGGCGCCCCAGUACUUCUCAUUCUGCAUCUGGAUACCCGGCCCCUAUUGGGCCUCCUCGUUAAGUGAUACACCAAUCUCGAACCAUUUAUUUGAUACCACUACUGUAACCGGCCUUUAACGACGAAUACCCCGCUACGCGUUCAUUGUCUCUUGUACGUGUGCGACGACAAAAGAAUUAUACCCCCUCCUACUCUACGGCGAAAUAUCCCACGUCAAAAGCCUAGCCUGGCUGGUGGUUGU